CAUUAAGCCCAACUCUUCGUUAUUUUACAUCUACGGCGAUGGACGAAGCCGUGAAAGUUGUGUGCAGUUUAUUAAUGGAUCUGUGAUAGACUGUUUCACCGUUCACGUAGAGAAACCUGCGAAUGUGUAUUUUUUUCAUUCAUCAUAAUCACACGCAAGUAUUCUCAUAGAAGAAAAGUAUUUUCCGUGACAUAACCUCGAUUUUUUAAAAAAGAUGUCUCACGACCAUAUGGCACACGUAAUGAAUUCAUCGGGUGGGCAGACGAGCGGUGAUACUCAUGCAUUCCACGGAGAUAUGGAUCAUUCGAAUAUGCACGAAAAUAUGCAUGCUUCUAUGCAGCAUAAUCAUAUGAACCAUGAGAGUAUGGAUCAUAGUAGCCAUAGUGGCCAUGCUGUUGAAGCAUGUGCCGAUAUGGGGAUGCAUGGUAUGUCGAUGACGUUUCACGGAGGGUACUGUGAACAUGUAUUGUUCGAAUCCUGGAAAAUCUCGUCGAUCGGAGGGCUCGUUGGCUCGAUGAUCGGUAUAAUGAUCAUGGCUGCACUUUACGAAGGUUUAAAGUAUUAUCGUGAAUAUUUGUUCUGGAAGACUUACAAUGCGCUUCAGUAUCGAAGUGUCACGAUGCCUCCAGAAAAGAACGUCGUGGCUGAAGAUAAUCGAGUCGUACAUAUGGUUGGAGAAGUAAUUCACAAACAACCGCCCACAAUGUUAUCAUGGAUGCAUACAUUUCAAACAUUGUUACACAUUGUGCAAAUUGUGCUGUCAUAUUUCCUUAUGCUGAUCUUUAUGACUUACAAUGUGUGGUUGUGUUUUGCUGUAGUAUUUGGUGCAGCAAUUGGUUACUUCUUAUUUGGAUGGAAAAAAUCUGUUAUUGUAGAUGUUACAGAACAUUGUCAUUAGCUAAUUAUGUGUUUACAAUAUACUGUAUUUUCACGACAAAAAUGUACAUAAGUGUACAUUGCCACGAAGUUCAUAUUGCUCAGAGGAACUUGAAAAUAAUUAAUUACAUAUAGUAAACAUCUGCAGGAAGUAUAAUUAUCCUAAAUUUGUAUUUACAGAAAUAUAUAAAGGAAAAGUUUUUAGUUUAAGUUUAUUCCUAUGCAUAGUUAUUUUAUGCAUACAGAAUGCAACAAUUUAGUUGCUUGUUAAAAAAGAUAGCAUGAUUUAAUCAUUAUUACGUAAAAAAUAUCUAUAAAAUGCAAAUUUGUAUACAAAAAUAUUGGAAGAUUGAACCUUUGAUUUGAACUAUAGCACACUUCAUUUGUAAAUAUUAUUAAGAACUUCAAAAAUGAAAAAAAUAUCAUAAGAUACGCGCACACUUUUCUCCAAAUUUUUACACUCUUAAUUUUAUAUUAUAAUAUAUUUUAUAAAUAUUUACUCUUUAAUCGAUUUUAAUAUUUGAGACAAAAGUGUGUAAAAGUAUCUUAAAUGUCGCAUACAUUACGACGUAUUGUUACAAUAUAACGUUAUCGACGACUGUAUUAUUAAAAAUUAUUUUAGAAACUAUUUUUAUUUAUAAAAUGUAAAAUAAUAUAAAUAUAAAUUCACUUGUGUAAUUAAAAUUCGAAAUAAGGAAUCAGUGAUACUUGAUCAAUACAUUUUAUCAGUUUUAAACAA